AUGAAGAAAUCGUGUGUAAACAAGGUGAUUCUUUCUGGUGGUUCAACUAGAAUACCAAAGGUCCAAUGUAUGUUGCAAGAACUUAUCGGCAGGAAGGAGCUAUGCAAGAGCUUGAACCCUGAUGAGGCUGUUGCAUAUGGUGCAGCUGUCAUGGCUGCAAAGUUAAGUGGUAAUGGUGAUAAAAGCUGUCAGGAUUUGAUGUUAUUGGAUGUCACUCCUUUGUCCCUUGGUGUACAAGUAAUAGGAAAAGUAUUUGAUGUUGUGAUCCCUCGUAACACUCCAAUACCUACCAAGAAAUCUAAAAUAUAUAAUACAACUCGGGACAACCAAACUUGUGUAGAUGUUAAGGUGUAUCAAGGUGAACGAACCAGAUCUACAGAUAACCAUUUGUUGGGGAAGUUCAGAAUUUCUGAAAUACCACGGGCUCCAAAAGGAGUUGCAGAACUCAAGCGCUACUUUGAGAUAGAUACCAAUGGAAUUCUGACAGUGACAUCGGAGAUAUUAUCAACUGGUAAGACAGAGAAACUACUGAUUACCAACGAAAAUGGAAGACUCUCAAAGGAACAGAUCCAAAAGAUGGUAAAAGAUGCUGAGAAGUACAAACAAGAGGACCAAGAAUACAAGAAGAAAGCCGAUGCAUUGAAUGCAUUAGAGGAUUGCGUAUACAACAUGAAGAAGAAGAUAAAAAAUAUGGCGCAUGGUAAGAGCUUGAGGAAAAUGGAGAAAGCCAUUACUGACAUAACCAAGUGGCUGGAGCAUAAACAAACUGCAUCUAUUGUUGAGAUUCAGCGCAUGCAGAAACAUCUGGAUUGCUCACGCAAUGUACUUUGA